AGUUGGAGCUGGAGCUGGAGCUGGGCGGCGAUGGCGGCGGCCGGAGGGAAUGUCCAGGCCCGGGUGGCCUGGCUGGUCAGCAGGCAGCACGGGCGGCCGGUGCUGAAGCCCAACAAGCCGCUGGUGCUGGCCGACAGGGUGGCGAACAGGAAGAGCCGGCUGGGAGAGGCAACAUGUAUCACGGAGAUGUCGGUGAUGAUGGCUUGCUGGAAACAAAAUGAGUUCAGUGAGAGACCCUGCACCAAAGAGAUCCAGGCAUUCUAUACGUGCACAGCCAAAGCAGAGGCUGAGCGGAAAGCAAGAGCAAAUUUGGACAAGGUGGGACAAACCGGUACUUUGACUCCCAAGCAAGCCACAAAGUUGCUCCAGAGAUAUCCUAACAAAAAGCAAGUGACAUAAAAUCCUCUUCUGAAGCAUGUAUAAGAACUACUUAGAUUCAAAAGGCUGCUGUCUACCUCUUCAGCCUAUCUGAAGGACUUGUUUCUGGUGGAUACAACUUCUGUGAAAAUUGUAUGAAUAUAAUGUCCAACAAUAACAGUAGAAAUCUGAUAGACAAUGCCCUUGGCUAUGAUACACAAAUGUUCAAGAAAAUGGGUCUUACUGAAUAAAAAUUAUGGUAAUUUAUUGUAUUUUGUGAAAUACAUGUCAAAAUGUUUCAUAUCUGGAAGUUGUUGAAUGCACAAGAGGAUUAAUUUUUAAUUUAUCUUUGCUGUUAUUGUGCCUUUUGUGGGUUGUGUUGCAUUUUAUUCUCUCUCCUUGGGUCUACUACGCCACACAUAAUUCCCAUUUGUGAAGAUCCCAUCCCAUGUCUCUUAUCUGUGCCUUUCUUUAACUAGAUGUGAGGAGGUGCACUAGUGCAGUUUGGGCUGAUUCUGCUUCCUUCCCUAUAGUGCACCAUCCCUUUAUCCACAGCUUUCCCAGUGGUGGCAGUGUCUGAGGUCCGGAAUUCCAUUGUGGGAUUUUCCAACUCAAACCCAUCUUGCACCUCUCCAGCUGAUGCUGUUUUCAAUGGAUCAGCCAGCAGUGUUUCCAACCAAUUUCAUCUAGCAAAGUCAAAAUCACUCACUUUUGGGAAGGUCUAUCAGUUUGUAUAUGAAAGAACAAGUUUGGGGAGUUGCACUUUUUCAAUUGUUUGCAAAUAGUCAACUAUUGCUAAGACAGCAGUGAAAUAAGCCUUCCUGAGGUGUUAUUCAAUAUUGUCACAGAAUUGUAUAAAAUCAUACCAAACCCUCUGUAAUCACAGAAGAAAGCAUCUUGUAUUACUGUGCUCCAUUUGACUCGGUCUAAUAAAUGAAUUCCAGUACUUACUGUACUUACAACCAA